AUGCCGUCAAACUCUGGCAAGUGCUUUCUCUUCAUUGACUCUGAUCCAACAGUAGUUGAUGGGCGGGGACUGUCCAAAGCCAAAUCUCACGCGGCAUUGGCAACUCACCGUUUGAAAGCAAAUCUACUCCGCGCUGAAAAACAACGACAGAAGUGUUCUACACCCUCCACGCCUGGUCUUCCUCAUUCGCCUGCCAGUAUUGCUUUAAAUGCGGACAAAAGUCUCUCCAGGCUUGACCAACCUCCAUCUGAAACGCAAGCCCCUGUUCAAGGAAUCUCGACCUUCUCCAGAUGGAGGCUCCAAGGGGCGCGAAAGAAGUCGGCGCUAGCACGAAGAAAGGAUCCUUCUGAAGCAAGUGAUCUGACUGAUAUACUCUCACAUACAGAAGGCGUUGAGUUGCUGCCUUUUCUAUAUAAAGGCAAUUGCGAUCCGUUCAACUCUGCUGGGGUACCUGUGACUGCACAUCAAUUUAGUCUCAUCAAACUGUCCCGGUCAGAAUCAGUUUCGACAGUAUGGGCAUCAGAGCUUUCUAUGCGUCCUCGAAACAAUGGGCUGAUGAAUGACCUAUGUCAAUCACUCGGUAAUUUAUGCAAUGAUCCGGCUGUGGUUCACGCAAAUCUCGCCCUUGGGUACAUAACAAAGGCUGCCUGCCAGGGGAAAUUUGAGGCCGGCGACUUUCUGGCAAUCAAAAGACAAAAAGGCCAAGCGUUGAGUUCUCUACGACAGCUCGUGGAGAGGCAAAGCGAGUCUGGUUCACAGGACAAAUUAAGCGCAAUCAAGGACGCGACCCAAUUGCUAGGCGCCUGCGAGGUAUUUUUGGGUGAUAGCAAAACGGCUCUUAUCCAUUCUUCUGCUACGGCCAGGGUGAUUGAUAUAAUGGGUGGGUUUCAAAGUUUACCACUGCUUGAGAUCGAACUCUAUGUCCAUGCUAUCGUAGGCUUAGCAUCGAAGAUGAAUACACGGCCAAUUAUCCCUACGGAGGCUUGGGAUCCUGGUCCAUGGCAUAGUUUUUGCGCCAAGGACAGAAGCAGGAAGUUUCAGCUGUGGAGUGAAAGUUCAAGUGUGCCAUCUUCUUUCGAAAGUUCUCCACAAUCUUCUUCCUGGGCAUCUGAUAUCGACGAUCUUGGUGCGUCUCAUGCUCACACGCCCGCUUCUCCUGAUGUUUCCGAUGAACCCCAAUUGCUUAGACCAACAACGGUUUCUCCACAGCUAAGCAACAUCCUUGAGGAACUGAGAGAAUUAUUGACGAUCGAGGAAAUAAAAAUAAGAAGCACACCGGUUGCAGACAUCAUCGCGAGAGAAGAUAUCAUUCAGAUGUUUCGAUGGUCUCACCUGCGAACCACCGCCAUACGUGGGCGAGGAUUGCAUCACUGGUGUGAUCUUCUCGAGAGCAAUAUCACAAAUCAGAGUCUGGAUUCGGAGGCCGCAACUCCUACAACUACCACAUAUACUACUUUUGACAUGUGUCUGUGUCUAGCGAUGAGGCUCCUUGAUAGAUGUAUCUUUCACGAACCCUAUCUAAAGACAGGCAUGUUUCGACAGACCAAGGCAUACUAUGAUAUACUCCUGGAUAGCAUUGAGAAACUACGGCCAGCGUUCGAUGUGCGCCAGGGACUUCGCGAUGCCAGGAGCUACGAUAUGCUUUGGAUCUACUCCGUAGGAGCCCAUACGGAAACUGCAUUCUUGCAGGGUAAGGUCCACCAAUCUGGGGGCGUUCAUUGUUACUCGUACUUCAGGGAUUGCUUUACCCUUUUGGCCCCAUCUCUUUCUUUCAAAGAUUUUCGGCAAGUUACCGACUUUUUGGAAGAAAACUACCUGUACUGUUCGCGGCUCCAGAAUUUUACGCUAUAUAAUCUCGUGGACUUUGGGCAGUCACUCUGA